GGAUGUGAUGGUUCUGUUCUCAUAAACUCCACCAAGAACAACCAAGCCGAGAAAGAUGCAGCCCCCAACACAAGUUUAAGAGGUUUUGAAGUGAUUGAUGCUGCCAAAACUGCAGUAGAAAAAAAGUGCCCUGGAGUUGUUUCUUGUGCUGACAUCGUCGCCUUGGUGGCUCGAGAUGCAGUUUCAAUGGACCAUCAUGGUCAGUGCCCACGGGACGAAGGGACGGAAGAGUGUCAACGGCCAAAAUGCCUUGAAAAACCUACCAUCUCCAUUUUCCAAUAUAACUCAACUAAAAGCGUCUUUUGGGUCAAAGGGUUUGAGUGUAAAAGACCUUGCAGUCCUAUCUGGAGGCCACACCAUAGGGAUCUCUCACUGCUUUCCGGCCGUCACGAUCCGAUUUACAACUUCACUGGCAAAGGUGACACUGACCCAACAAUUGAUCCAAACUAUGCAGCUGCGUUGAAGAAAAUAUGUAAACCGGGCAAUUUGACUACGAUCGUUGAGACGGAUCCUGGAAGCUCCAAAAAGUUUGACACUGAUUAUUACACUAGGAUUUCAAGUGGAUCCACUUUUUUGAAUGACUUUGGACCUGCCAUGGUGAAGAUGGGUCAGAUUGGGGUGCUCACAGACAAGUCUGGUGAAAUCAGGAAACGAUGUGCAUUCAUCAACUAA